AUGGCCAGAAAAAAGUCUGCUGCCAAAAGAGCCAGAGAGGCUGAUCCACAGCAACCAGGGUCUGAGCCCGUUGCAAAGGACAAAGACGUGGCUGUCGAACAAUCGAAAAGCGAACCAGUCGAGAGCGAGAUCGCAGACGACGAUGUGGAAAACGAGGACGAGAGCUCUGAGGAAGAAGACCAGUACGGCGAUCUUUUGACCGAGGACGUUGAAGAAGGGUUCCAGAAAGUGCUUCAGGCAAUCAAGACCGGAGACAAGGCUCUGUUCGAUAAGAAUGUGAAGUUUUUCAAAGAUCCAGAGGAGGCAGAGGUUCCCAUCACCAAGAAAGAGAAGCCUAUGUAUUUGAAGGAUUACCACAGGAAAGUCCUUUUGGACGGCCAUGCCUUUGAAGACGACGACGGCGAAGAGCGUGAGUGGAAGGAGGGCGAGAAGCCGUACGCCCUUCAACAGCAGGAAGACAAGAGCAAGCUGCUUUCUGAGAUCCAGUCUGCGUUCAGUGACGAGGAGGGCGACGACUUUUUGCAGAAGAAAGAGGUGCAGCGCGAGAUCAAGCCUGCGAAGUCGCUUCCAGACCCACAGCAGGACGGAGAGAAAUUUCUGGAGGCAUUUCUGGAGAAAGAAGCGUGGAUUCCGGAGCAGGAGGAGUCGAGACCAGAGAUGGAAGAGGAUGACGAGGAGUUUGACGAGGCGGCCGAGAAGUUUGAAAACGCGUACAAUUUCCGUUUCGAAGACCCCAAUGCUGCCGAGAUCAUCUCGUAUGCCAGAUCGCAGGCCACUAUGAGAAGAGAAAAAAUGAACAGCAGAAAGAAGCAGAGGCUAAAGAAGAAGGAGGAGCAGCUAAGAGAGGAGGAAGAGAAGCAGGAGCUUUUGCGCAAGAAAAAACAGAAGAAAGCCACUCAAGUUCUGGACCGUUUGAGGGAGAUAAAAGAGGCGGUUGGCGAUAAGGUUUCCGAGGACACGAUAGCACGUGUGUUUGGCGACAGUUUGUUAAAUGACGACUUUGACGAUGCGGAGUGGGACAGCAAAAUGGCGGAGAUUUUCAACGAGGCUUUCUACGAGGAAGACGGCAAGCCGGAGAAGCCCGAAGUGGAGUUGAGCGAAGAGGAAAAGGUGGAGGAGGAGGAAGAAGAAGUGGAGGAAGAGCCAAAGGAAAACAAGUCCAAAAAGUCGAAGAAGAAGGAAGAGAAAAUCGGCAAGAAGAAGGAAAAGCAGAAGCUGAAGGAGGUGGCCGAGAAGUUAGUCAGCGCCAACACCCCCAAGCUUCUUGAGGAAGUUGAAGAAGAACGUGGCAGAGGCAAGGAUAAAGAGGAAAUCAAAUUCAGGUACCGUGAGGUUUCUCCGGAAUCGUUCGGCCUCACUACCAGAGAAAUCCUCGUUGCAGAUGAUAAGGAUCUGAACGAGCUUAUAGGACUCAAGAAGUUUGCUCCGUACAGACCGAAGGAGCUGAGGCUGAAGGACAAGCGGAAAUACGCAAAGAAGAAGAGGCUUCGUGAAUGGCGGAUGAAAGUCUUCAAGAGCGCUGACGGACUGGCCGACGACGAGCCUGCUACCAAAAAAACGAAAACUGAAUAG